AGAUCUAGCGUUCGUUGUCGCCUCGCAUCUCUCUCUAAAGCCCUAGAACGAUCUUUUCUCUUUCUAAAACCCUUGAUCCUCAGCUUUUAGAGAGAGAGAGAGAGAUGGCGAUUGCAGCGAGCCGUUUUGGACUCCGGCGAAUGAUCUCUUCGAUUCCUGGAUUCACUCCGCCGCCGCCUGCCGCCGCCCAGCCUGCGGCGGAGCCCUCAACCAACCUCUUCGUAUCAGGUCUUAGCAAGAGGACUACAUCUGAGGGGUUAAGAGAAGCUUUUGCAAAAUUUGGUGAAGUUCUCCACGCUAGAGUUGUAACAGACCGCGUUUCUGGAUACUCAAAGGGGUUUGGUUUUGUGAGAUAUGCCACUUUAGAACAGGCCGCUGAAGGCAUAAAGGGAAUGCAUGGCCAGUAUCUCGAUGGAUGGGUCAUCUUUGCAGAGUAUGCCCAGCCAAGACCUCCACCGUCUCAACCUCAGGACUCUCAACCUCCAUCUGGCUACUCUCCAUCUGGCUAUUAUUAGAUUAUUCAAUGUCCGGAAGAAAUAAUUUUGAGUUUUACAGCAUAUAUACUAUUCAGGCUCCAGUUACUGAUUCUCUUUAUUCAACAAAUAUUUUCAUAUGGGAUUGUGUGAGAUUGAAAUAUGUAGCACGGUUAAUUACACUACAUAAACUUGCUAGCUUUAAAACUGUCAAUGUUAAAACAUUAAAUAUUGAUAUCAAGCAUUACUGUUCAGACUGUAA